AUGAAUCGAUUCCGUAAACAAGAUGAAACCGAUACGAUGACACGUAUCGCCAUCGUUGAGAAAGAUCGAUGUAAACCAAAAAACUGCGGUCUUGCCUGCAAGAAAUCGUGUCCUGUUGUGCGAAUGGGUAAACAAUGUAUCGUUGUUGAAACGCAAUCGAAACUUGCCGAAAUUUCGGAGACAUUAUGUAUUGGUUGCGGUAUAUGUGUGAAGGUUUGUGUUAUGCUCUGCAACUAUUCAUGA